AUGGAAAGUUUUCAUGCUAAUCAAAAUGAAUUAAUUGAUGGUUUAGGUAGUGAACCCUUAAAAUCCGGUAAUUAUAUGGCGAGACGAGGUUCUCGAUGGUCAAUUCACACUGAUACAGAACAUCAAUGCCGAGAUUACCUUCAUUAUCAUAAUUGUAAUAAUGAUGAUAAUGUUCCUAGCAAUGGUUCUCUUUCAGAUUUAGAACCACCAUCUGGUCUAUCUGGAAUAUACCCAGGCCAAUUGUAUUCCAGUUCUCCUGGAAAAAUGUUCCAUGCAGGUAAAAUUCUAAUCGUUUUAAUGGGUCUUCCUGGAUCUUCAAAAACCUUAUUAUCAGUAGCAAUUACAAGAUUUACGAAAUGGUUAGGGGUCUUAACAAAAUCCUUCCAUUUCUCCAAAUACAUCGAAGAUUAUAAAUACCAUCAUACCACUAGAACGAUACCAAGCUUAAAUCAACAAGACCAAGAUUUUAAAAGGAUAGUUAUUGAUAAGAUAUGUAAUGACAUGUUGAACUUCUUUACUAAGGAUUGUGGCCAAUUAGCAAUUUAUGAUGCUUCAAAUAUUAGGAAAUCGGAUAGAAAAUUACUAAAUGAUUUUUUCAGUGAAAAUGAGAUAAAAGUUUUAUUUAUUGAAUCCUUAAUCACAAAUACCGCUAUAAUUGAUAAUAAUAUUAAAAAUUCAGUGAAAUCAAUUAAAUUAGCCGAAGGUUUAACACAAGAAGAAGCUGAAGAUGCUAUAAAGGCAGAACUAUCUCUAAAUAAGACAUAUUUAGAAGAAUUAUCUAUAGAUGAAAAUCUAAGUUAUAUUAAAUACUUCAAUUUCGGUGAAAAAUUAACAUUAAAUAACAAGCAUGAAGGUUAUCUGAUUAAUAAAAUUGUAUUGUUUUUAAUGAAUUUACGUUAUAAGACUGGAUCUUUAUUCUUCGCUCCGUUGGACUAUGGUAAUGAUGAUAUUACGAUUUUAUCACAGGUAAAUAUUAAUCAUAUACAAAAAAUAUAUUCAAAUGUUUUGAAACGUGUUAGAGUGAAAGGCAUUGAUGAUGAGCUUAAUACUUCCAAACCAAUUAAAUUGGAGAAAAAUGAAUUAGACGUAUGGAUUGCCCCAACUCCACUUUCGGAACAAAUUCAAACGAAUAUUAAUGAACAAUAUAAAUCUAAGGAUGAUAAAAAUCCUAUUAAUGUUUAUGAGAAAUCACAAUUGCAGGCUAUUCACCUCGGUGAAGUGAAAAACUUGACACAAGAAGAAAUUGAAAAAAAAUUCCCAGAUGAUUUUAAAAGAUUUGCGUUAGAUCCUUAUCAUUCUCGUUACCCACGAUCAGAAUCCUAUCACGAUUUGGCUAUUAGAAUGGAACCAUUACUAUUUGAAUUGGAACGUUCAACGAAAAAUAUUUUAAUUAUUGCGCAUCCUUCCAAUUUACGUGUGCUAUAUGGUUAUUUUAUGGCAUCUACUUGCUUGGAUUUACCUGAUUUAGGUUUCCCAUCAAAUAGAAUAGUUGAAAUUCAAUUUAAUCCAUUAUUAAAUACUGCAAAUUAUAUAACAAUGGAAUAG